AUGCUGCUUCCCAUUAUUCUCGUAUCGUUGUCGUUGUCGGUGCCAUCCCUGGCUCAUUUCAGCCUCGUAAGCCCAUACUGGAGAGGUAACUCGUAUCCAACGCAGUGGGAGAGACCAUGUGGUGGAGUAAACCAAUCCAUAUCCGACACCAAUCGAACCGAAUGGCCGCUGGACGGAGGUUCGGUGGUCUUCAGGGGUAGCCAUCCUUGGGCCUAUACAUUCGUCAAUCUCGGCAUCGGCGGCGAUAACACCACCAACUUCAACAUCACCCUUGUUGACGGCUUCAACCAGACUGGCAAUGGCACGUUUUGCUUUCCGAGGAUCACUCUUCCAGCGGAUCUGCAAGUCAGCGAUGGCACGAAUGCUAGUAUUCAAGUUGUCCAAGUGAACGAGCACGGGUCGUCGUUGUACAACUGUGCCGAUAUCACCUUUUCCACGGAUGCUCGCACAUUGGGAGCAGACGAAUGUUCCAACUCAACUGGGGUCGGUGGAUACUUCUUUGACGCACAACCAGCUACCAGCUCAACACAGUCAGGAACCCAGUCCCUACCUCCUCCAGAAUUGCCCCGCCUCGUCGCCGAGCAGCAUGUGCCCAUCAGCGCAACCGACAAGGACACUCAGAGGUUGAUUGUUGUACUUUCGAAUGCGAGUCUGGAAACAUAUCGUGCUUCUCAUGGUGGCAGAACAGGCGGACGUGAUGAAAAAUUCUCCCUCCUGAACAGUGAUGAGCAUAUUGGUGUAAUGCGAAAGAUGAAUCGUGAUAUUAGUGAUGCUCGGCCAGACAUUACACACCAGUGUCUGUUGACUCUCCUUGAUUCUCCGGUGAACAAAGCAGGAAGGCUGCAAAUCUACAUCCAUACCGCCAAGGGUGUACUCAUCGAAGUCAGCCCUACCGUGCGAAUUCCGCGUACAUUCAAAAGAUUUGCAGGGCUUAUGGUCCAACUGCUUCAUAAACUCUCGAUCCGUUCAACAAACUCACAGGAGAAACUUCUAAAAGUCAUCAAGAAUCCCAUAACCGAUCAUCUGCCACCUAACUGUCGGAAAGUCACGCUUAGCUUUGACGCCGAAGUUGUCCGGGUAAGAGACUAUGUCCAGAGCCUAGGAGAACGAGAAAGCAUCUGUGUUUUUGUUGGAGCCAUGGCCAAAGGCAAGGACGACUUCGCAGAUGCUUUCAAAGACGAGUCCAUCAGCAUCAGCAACUAUAGCCUGAGCGCGAGUGUUGCGUGUAGUAAAUUCUGUCAUGCGGCUGAGGACGUAUGGGACAUUAUCUGA